UUUCUGUGGCGCUCAGGAGGCCCCAGGAAGACGAGGGGCCGCUCCGUCAGUACCUGACCCGCCUGUGCGCGGAAGGAUGGCAAAACAGAAGAGAAAAGCUCCUGAAGUGACAAAGAAAAAGUGCAAAAAACUGAAGAAGGUGUCUGUGGAAGAGAUACUGCAGGCACCUGAUGCCAAACCAGACGAGGAGGAAGCCAGCCUGGAGGGAUUGGCAGUGAGCCAGGUGCAGGACACAGUCCCCCAACUGUCCCCAGAGGAAAGGAGGGUCCUGGAGAGGAAGCAGAAGAAGGAACGGAAGAAGGAGGAGAAGAGGUGGCUGCACAAGGCAGGGGUCUCAGCAGUGCAAGCUCAACCAGCUAAGCGCUCAGGCGCAGAGCUGGCCCUGGACUACCUCUGUGGGUGGGCCCAGAAGCACCAGAGUUGGAGAUUCCAGAAGACAAGGCAGACAUGGCUCCUGCUAAACAUGUAUGACAGUGACAAGGUCCCGGAAGAGCACUUCCCCACCCUGCUGGCCUACCUGGAGGGGCUGCAGGGCAAGGCCCGAGAGCUGACCCUGAAGAAGGCAGAAGCCCUGAUGCAGGAGCUGGAUAUGGGGGGGUCAGAUGCUGCCCUGAAGGAGAGGGCCCUUCGUCUGCGCCAGGUGCUGCAGCUGCUGUCCUAGUGGGACACUACCACCCGGCAUUGUGAGCCCUCAGAUGCAUGGGAUUCAACAGGACCAGGUCUGGCCAUGUCCUUCCCCUUCAUGACAGUGGGUCUUUGAACCUUCAGAGGGAUCACCAGACUCACCUGCACCCAGGAAGUUGCUGUCACACAUUUCUAUUUUUCUACCAGGGAUGUCUUAGAAACUUCCCAACGCCAGUCCUGUGCCAACUGCAGCUCCUCAGGGUUGGAGUAGGGUGUGCCCCAAGUGAGGGACAGGUGCAAGGACUCCACAGGAAUUGCUGUCUGCCUAUGCCUGUGUGGCCACAUGGUCAAUAAAA